AUGUCUGAGAAACGUAUUAUAGUCCCUCCUGCCGUCGUCCGAAAACUGGCUAUCUACACAGCGGCCAUGGUCAUUGCCCCCGUGGCCUCCUUCUUUAUCGUCCAGAAAGUAUUUAACGCCAGUGCAAUUGUCUCUGGGGGGUUUGCUGCCCUGGUAGCCAACAUUGUGCUUAUUGGCUACGUGGUUGAGGCCUACUCGGAGGACCUCCCACCUGAAGAGCCCGAAGCUGAAGAAAAGAAGGAAAAGUAA